CUCACUAUUCCGCUAUAUAUAUUAUUUUCCACACCUCAUUUCCCAGUCCGCAGUUCGUCGCCAGCCUUUUCCCUCUUCGUAUCUUACAGCAGCGACGCCGUCGCUCUCGUCCUGCAGCCGUCAUGUCGCUCACAACGAACUACUCCGAACCAUGGGCAGGUUAUCUCGACCAGGCGCAGUCCCGGUUUGCCUCCGCAUCGCUACCACGCCUCGCCCUCUUCUUUAUCGUCAAUAUACCCAUUAUUGCGAUCGCGCUGAAUGUACUAUACCAAAUGCUGCCCCGUGACCGAUCAUUGCCCCCAUUGGUAUUCCAUUGGAUCCCAUGGUUUGGAUCCGCGGCAGCAUAUGGGCAAGAUCCUGUAGAGUUCUUCAAGUCAUGUAGAGAGAAGUACGGCAACGUGUUUACGUUCGUCCUGCUCGGCAGGCGCGUCACCGCGACUCUCGGCACCAAGGGCAACGACUUCGUGUUUGGCGGCAAGCACACUGUGGUGGCUGCUGAGGAGGUGUAUGCGCCCCUGACGACGCCCAUCUUCGGCAAAGAUGUGGUUUACGAUUGCUCUAACGACCAUCUCAUGGAGCAGAAGAAAUUCGUCAAGGUGUCCCUGACGACGGAAAAGUUCCGUGAUUACGUCGGUAUGAUUGAAGACGAGGUCUCGCAGUUCAUGAACACGGAUCCCGCAUUCCGUAUCUGGCAGUUGAACGACAUCAACGAAUGGGGCGCGAUCGACAUAUACCAAGUGAUGGCCGAGAUCACUAUUCUGACGGCAGCAAGGACUCUCCAGGGCAAGGAGAUCCGACAGAAUAUGACCAAGGGCUUCGCUGAUCUGUAUUCUGACCUCGACCACGGCUUCACUCCUCUCCAUUGGAUGUUUGAGAACCUCCCUCUUCCCAGCUACCGUAAGCGCGAUGCUGCACACGAGAAAAUGAGCCAGUUCUAUCAGAACAUUCUGCAGAAGCGCAGAGAAGCAGGCGACGACUCCGAGGACGAUGUCAUGUCUUCGCUGAUGACACAGAAGUACCGCGACGGCCGCCCCGUUCCUGACCAUGAGAUUGCCCACAUCAUGAUUGCACUCCUGAUGGCUGGUCAGCACACGAGCUCUUCAUCGACAUCAUGGCUUCUCCUGCACAUGGCAGAUCGUCCGGACAUUGCUGAGAUGGUCUACCAAGAACAAGUCGAGCACUUUGGUCUCCCUGGCGGUGGCUUCCGCGAGGUGACAUACGAGGAACUGAAGAAGCUUCCCAUGCUCGAUGCGGUUCUUCGCGAGACCCUCCGGAUGCACACGCCCAUUCACAGCAUCAUGCGUUACGUUCGCAGCGACGUCCCCAUCCCUGCAUCGCUGGCCGCCCCAUCGGAAGAUAGCGUGUACGUCGUGCCGAAGGGACAUACAGUGCUUGCCUGCCCGGGACUGAGUCAGGCCGAUCCGCUGAUCUGGAAGGACGCGAACAAGUGGGACCCGUUGCGCUGGCUGGACGCGACAGGCAUGGCUGCGCAGGCGCGGAAGGAGUAUGACGAGAGCUCAAAGGUCGACUUUGGAUUCGGUCUCGUCAGCAAAGGCACGCAGAGCCCAUACCUGCCGUUCGGUGCUGGCCGCCAUCGGUGCAUUGGUGAACAUUUCGCCGUGCUUCAAAUUGGCGCAAUCGUGGCAUCUAUCGUUCGCAAGCUCGAGCUGCGGCUGGAAGGUCCCUUCCCCAAGCCUGAUUACACGUCCAUGAUGGUCAUCCCGACACAGCCCUGUCAAAUUGCAUAUCGUCGACGUAAUUUUGAUUGAUUCGUGGAUAUUUACCGACCCCUCACUGCGCGAAUAUAUCCUAGACCGAAAGUAGUGAAUUAGUACUAUAAUCGGUUAUUAGCUGGGUUCUGACAUUGGAGAUUCUGCUGAACACUGCAUGUAGUUUAGCAUUGGUAGAUGAAACAAAGACGACGUUCCUCUUGAAAUCGAGCUAAUGGCCAACAACAUGUUACGCAGAAUCGAAUUUCAAGAUUCUGAUCAAUGUGAUCAGGUGCACUUCCGG